ACGACUCGACCGAUCGAGACAGAGAGAGGGAGACAUCGCACGAAUCGAAACGCGAACCCGUCUCUCUGCUCUCUGGAAAUAGGAGGACCACUUCGUCCCCCUCCUCUCCGGUCUCUCUCUCUCUCCCCCCUCCCUCCCUGCCGCCGCCCGCCGAUUCUCCGCUGCCUCCCUCCCCGCCGCGCGCGCGCGCGUGCAAGUCGCCGGCGCGGUCUGCCGUCGGGCGCGCGGCCGAUCCAGUCCAGACCCUCCUGGGCGCCAGAUCUGACCCCCAUGCGGUGCCAGAUCCGAAUCGCCUAGCGUAGCGGCGCCUAGAGGGUGGAGGAGGAGCGAGGUGGGGUUUGGCUGCUGCUCGUUCCCCGCCCAGCGCCAGGACUGACAGGGACAGUAGCAGCAGCAGAAGCCAGCCAUGGACGACGUGUCCAGGUACGCGCACAGCCCGGCCCACCUCGCCGUGGCGCGGCGGGACCACGCGGAGCUGCGGAGGCUGGUGGCCGCGCUCCCUCGCCUCCCGCGCGCCGGGGAGGUGAGCACCGAGGAGCAGUCCAUCGCCGGGGAGGGCGUGGCGGACGCGGUCUCCGCCGUCAUCGACCGCCGCGACGUGCACCGGAGGGAGACCCCGCUCCACCUCGCCGUCCGCCUCCGCGACCCCGUCGCCGCCGACAUCCUCAUGUCCGCCGGCGCCGACUGGUCGCUCCAGAACGCCGACGGCUGGUCCGCCCUCCAGGAGGCCGUCUGCACCCGCGAGGACGCCAUCGCCACCAUCAUCGCGCGGCAUUACCAGCCCCUCGCCUGGGCCAAGUGGUGUCGCCGCCUCCCGCGCGUCCUUGCCUCCAUCAACCGCAUCCGCGACUUCUACAUGGAGAUCUCCUUCCACUUCGAGUCCUCCGUUAUACCCUUCAUCGGACGCAUCGCCCCGUCCGACACCUACCGCAUUUGGAAGCGAGGGGCUGCGCUACGAGCUGACAUGACGCUUGCUGGAUUCGACGGCUUCCGCAUCCAGCGCUCGGACCAGACAUUUUUGUUUCUCGGCGACGGAGCGCGGCCGGAGGAUGCUGGGGGUAAGGAGUUGCUGCCAGGUUCUCUAAUAGUUCUGUCCCAUAAGGAUAAAGAGAUCACAGAUGCGUUGGAAGGAGCGGGCGUUCAACCUACAGAGGCAGAGGUGGCUCAUGAGGUGGCAUUGAUGUCCAAGACGAAUAUGUAUCGCCCUGGGAUAGAUGUCACGCAAGCGGAUCUCGUACCGCAUAUGAACUGGCGCCGGCAAGAGAGGACUGAAGCCGUGGGGCAGUGGAAAGCGAAGGUGUAUGAUAUGUUGAAUGUUCUGGUGACAGUGAAGUCGAGACGGGUUCCUGGGGCAAUGACAGAUGAGGAGCUGUUUGCGAUGGAUGGGGAGGAGAAGAACGGGAGGAGCACAGAACUUGAAUCCGAGCUGGAUGAGGUCUUGACAGCCGAGGAGAGGAAGCAGCUUGAUUCUGCGUUGAGAAUGGGGAACCAAGACGAGGAAUCUGAGGAUAGGGCUGAGGAAGGUGAUAAAGGGGCUGAAAAUUUGGAUGCAAAUGGUGUGGGGAAAGACAAGAAGGGAUGGUUCGGUUGGAGCGGUAAGAAAGGCGCCAAGAAUGACGAGAAGCCACCCAAGGCAGUGAGUAAGGAUGAGUCGGGUGAUCCAGGGAAGGGAAAGGAGAAGGGAAAUGGAAAGAAGAAGAAGGGUGCCUCUUCUGGGGAUUCCAAUAAACUUGAAAGCGAGUACAAGAAGGGAUUAAGACCAGUGUUGUGGCUGACACCAGAUUUUCCUUUGAAGACGGAUGAGCUGAUCCCUUUGCUCGAUGUAUUAGCAAACAAAGUGAAGGCUGUCAGGAGGCUUAGGGAACUCUUGACUACCAAGCUGCCUACAGGCACAUUUCCAGUCAAGAUUGCUAUCCCUAUUGUCCCAACGAUACGGGUCAUUGUGACAUUCACAAAGUUUGAAGAACUACAACCUUUAGAUGAGUUUGCUACACCACCUUCAAGCCCCACGCAGUUCCAGGACGCCAAGUCCAAAGAUUCAGAAGGAUCAGCCUCAUGGUAUUCAUGGGUUAGAGGGGGCCGCGGUGCACAGUCUAGUGACAGUGGUGAUAGUCGGAACUGGAAAGAUGAGGUUGAUCCAUUCCACAUACCUUCUGAAUACACCUGGGUUGAUGCCACUGAGAAGAAACGGAGGAUGAAGGCAAAGAAAGCCAAGAGCAGGCGAGGUACGGCUCGUAAGCAGUCGUCGAAAAGCACCUCCUCAGAAGGGGCCCAACACCCGAUGAUGGAUGGCUUUGAAUAAAGCAUUUUUACAGCAUAGUAAAUCGCUGCUGCGUCCACACGGUGCUAGGUGUUGAUGGUGGCUGCUCGUCAGGCGCAGGUGCUAGAUGUUGAUGGUGGCUGAUCAGUAAGCUGCAGAUCGAUAGUGCCCCCGGAGAAUACGUGUGGCUUGGUAACCGAUUCCGAGCCAAAUCUCAAGGAAGUACAGGAUGGAUUAUACCGUGCUAAUCUGUAAUUCAAUUCUAUUUUUGUCCCCGCCCCUUUUCCUUCAUGUUGGAUGUAUGUUUGAUGGUGAUGAUGAUAUAGCCCUGUUGUUUAAAAGAUGUGUUCGACACUAUGAGGGGGAUGUAGUGUUUCCCCCGUCCUCCCGUUGUAUGAAUACUUGGUAUAUGCAGUGAUUUUUCGAUGCACAUGCUUGUACCAAA